AUGAGCCCACCAGUAGUAACAUUGCAAAUUCACCUGCCUAAUCAGCACAGUGUGAGGUUCUCUCCCAAUGAACAACUAGCCUCUGUUGUUUCAGAUAGGCGCCGAGCCCGUACUUCAUUAACCGAGUUCUUCAGAAUGAACAACACUGUCCCAAACAUACCAAAAUACACAUAUGCAGAAUUUUGUGAGCAUUAUGUGUGGAAUCAUGGUACAAAAACAUGGUCUAAGCGGGCUAAUGUGCGAACUGCAGUAGGGCGUCUGACUUUUGUGGCUCCAUCCAAAGGGGAAAGAUAUUUUCUCAGGCUGCUACUAAUCAAUGUAAGGGGACCAAAAUCAUUUGAAGAUUUACGAACAGUCAACGGCCACCUUUGUGCAACAUUUCAGGAAGCAGCCUUGAAACUUGGCCUCCUGGCAGAAGAUGACGCCAUUGAUAAAUGUAUGGCAGAGGCUGUUACUGCACAUAUGGCAACAGCUUUGCGUAAAUUAUUUGCUACAAUAUUGAUUUUCGGAAUGCCAAGAGAUCCCCUAGCCCUUUGGCAGAAGUACUACAUUCAUUUGUCCGAAGAUAUCAGACACCAAAAUCCAGGAAUGGAAGACAAAGUGAAGGCCCUUACUGUGCAAGGGGUUGAGCGUUUCUUAGAAGAAAUGGGGAAAACUUUGGAAGAAUUUGGCCUAGGGGUGUUGAUAAGCAAUGCAGACUCCGGACUACGACAAACAAAGGAUAUUGCUGAUGCACUCAAUGCCACAAUACCGGUUGAAUACAUUGAAGCCAUUGACAAGCUCAACCUUGCCCAACGCGAUGCCUUUGAUUGCAUCAUUAAACAUGUGCAGCUUAACAAACCUGGUUCAUUUUUCGUUGACGGUCCGGGAGGCACUGGAAAGACAUACCUUUACUGUGCAUUGUAUGCUGCUGUUAGAAAAAUGGGCAAAAUAGUUCUUCCAACAGCUACGUCCGGAAUUGCUGCCUCAAACAUAGUGACUGGGAGGACAGCCCAUUCACGUUUUAAAAUCCCCCUUGAUCAUACAGCUUCCAUGUCUUGCAAUGUAUCUAAACAAAGCAGCUUAGCUGGUCUUCUACGAGAAAGCUCCUUGAUUACUUGGGAUGAAGCAUCAAUGGCAAUCAAGGAAAACGUAGAAUCAUUAGACUUGCUGCUUAGGGAUUUAUGUGAUAGCCGUACAGCUUUUGGUGGCAAGGUUGUCGUCUUCGGUGGGGACUUUCGGCAAGUAUUGCCUGUGGUACCCAAAAAAUCACAAAAAGAAGUCGUACAAGCGAGCUUAGUCUCUUCUUAUCUAUGGCAUGGUUUCAAACGAAUACGCCUUAGUCAAAACAUGCGAGCACGGACAGAUCCUGCAUUCUCUGAUUUCUUGCUUGCUUUAGGGGACGGCCGUAUGCAAACAGAAGAGAUAGCUGCCAUUCAUCUACCAAGACAACUGGUUGUGCCAUUUGAGGAUGAAAACUACUCUCUGGACCAGCUUCUCAGCCAAAUAUUCCCGGAACUGACCGCAGGUAGUUUCAGUUCCAGCAUCUUCGCUGAACGUGCAAUCUUGACUCCCCUCAACGAUGAUGUUGAUGAGAUAAAUACUCUGCUAAUUGCAAAACACCCAGGUCAGGCUGUAACCUACAAGAGUUUUGAUGUGUUAAUUGAUGAAAAUUGCAAAAUUUACACAACUGAAUUCCUAAACACUUUAUGCCCCGGAGGAAUGAGUCCACAUGAAUUGGUUCUAAAGGAAAAUUGCCCCGUUAUUCUGCUGAGGAACCUUGCUCCAGCCUCUGGCUUAUGCAAUGGGACACGACUCAUAUGCAAAAGAUUCUACCCCAACAUGAUUGAGUGUGUAAUUGCAACUGGCCAUCAUACUGGUGAAUAUGUAUUUCUGCCACGCAUUGACUUGCGGCCCUCUGCCUCAACUAAUUACCCGUUCCAGUUCCAGCAAAAACAAUUCCCAAUCAAGCUUUGUUUUGCUAUGACAAUCAACAAAGCCCAGGGACAAACACUCACUCAAGUAGGGAUAUACCUUAGACGACCUUGCUUCUCUCAUGGACAACUAUAUGUUGCCCUUUCUCGAGCCCGGAAUUCUAAACAUGUAAGGGUACUGACCAAGCCUACAACAGAAGAUCAGCAUGUCUACAGUGCAAAAAAUGUUAUUUCGUUUGAGAUCUUACUACGAUCAGGUGUUACACAGCAAUCUCCUUCAAGGUCAGUAUAA